AUGAAUUUGGCACUGAUAGAUCCGUUUCAAUUAGCCCAGGACUCUCCGGACGCCCUCACCAAUGAUCUCAGAUCCGGCCAUGCGACCACCUUGAGGUUCAGUCGCAAGGGCGAUUAUCUCGCCUCUGGCAGGGUGGAUGGGAAGGUGAUCAUUUGGGAUAUGGAGACUUAUGGUGUUGCCAUGAAGCUGCAUGGUCACUGGAAGCAGAUUCAAAGUUUGAGCUGGUCGAGAGAAGGUCGCUACCUCUUGUCCGCGUCCCAAGACUGUAGAGCCUGUCUUUGGGACCUGCAGACUCAAGAGCGUAUCCGAACCGUCAAGUUCGAGGCUCCGAUCUACACUGCAGAACUUCACCCUUACAACCACAAGCUUUUCGUUGCGUCGCUUUUCGAAGACCGACCAUAUCUGGUUGACAUCACUGACGCUAUUCCUGUCAAGCGUGUCCUUCCCACCACUCCUUUGAGCGACAGCAUCCCUCGCUCUGAGAACAAACAAGCCACCACCUCGGCCAUCUUCUCCGUGCUGGGCAACCACAUCAUCACUGGCACUUCCAAGGGAUACAUCAACAUUCUCGAGACCGAGUCCCGCAAAAUCAUCCACUCCACCAAGAUCUCGACUGGGCUCAUCUCACUUCUCCGUCUGACUACCAACGGCCGCCAACUCCUCGCUAAUAGCACCGAUCGCAUCAUCCGCACCAUCAAUCUGCCCGAUCUCAGUCUGAUCGUCCCAUCCACCGCGCCAGCCACGGAUCCGAGCAGCAGUGAUGACCACCACGACCGCGACCCGGCCACGUUGGCAGAGAACAUCGUCUUGACCGUCGAGCAUAAAUUCCAAGACCUGGUCAACCGUCUUCGCUGGAACCAUUGCGCCUUCAGCCACAGCUCCUCCACGGGCAUUGCCGACUACGUGACAGCCUCGACUUAUAUGAAGAAGGACAUUUACAUCUGGGAACUCCGCACCAACUCUCUCCUCCGCAUCCUCGAGAACCGCGAGGAGCCGGCGAUCAUUGAGUGGCACCCCUCUCGCCCGCUCCUCGCGUGCACGAGCAUCGAAACGGGCAGUAUCCAGAUCUGGGGCAUCGAGCCACAGCAGAAAUGGUCCGCGCUGGCGCCCGACUUCACCGAGUUGACGGAAAAUGUCGAGUACAUUGAGCGCGAGGACGAGUUCGACGAGUACCCGCAAGAAGAACACCAGAAGCGCCGCUUGGACCGAGAAGACGAGGACGUCGACAUUUUAACAGUGGAGCGAAAGAUGGGCGAGGAAGACAGCUUCGUCUUGCCUGUGCUCUAUGACAUCGAAGACUCGGAGGGCGAUGACCAGGAACUGGUGAGGCACGGCGUUGGCACGCUUAGGAAGAAGGAUGUCAACGAGGGCAAGGAGUACGAGAACGAUGGCGACGAAGUGCCCAAGACGGUGAGGCGACGGAAGUAUUGA